AUGUCGGACCAUGAGCUCGAUGAGAGGCAGCGGACCAACGAUCUCCUCGAAUCGAUGAUUUCACAGCUCGAAAGCGACGAGGACGAUGACGAUCCGCGGACAGAAUGGAUGGUGCCGCUGGAUGAAGAGGAUGGUGAGCAGGGUCAAGACGAGGGAGAGGACGAGGACGAAGACGAUGACGACGAUGAGGACUUCUACAUUGACGAAGAUGAAUUCGACGAGGAGUUCAUGGAAGACGAGGAUGCAUUUCUGGAGAUGGAGGCGGACGAAGUCGAAGAAGGAGACGGCGACGACGACGAGGAUCAGGAUGGCGAUUUUUCGGCUCUCCUUCAAGCCGUGGCUGCCAGAAUGGGAGACGAUGGCCAAGGCGAAGGCAACGGAGCGGCCGAGGUACUCAGAAGACUGUUUGCGAGCGGCCGUAUUCAGAUCCGACGGGCACAUGCAGCUGCGCAGGGAGGAGGUGAUGAUGAUGAUGAUGACGACGACGAAGAGAGCUAUUCCUAUGGAGGGAUGGGUCGGAGAGGUCGUGCAACCCCGAUCAAAGACUUUUGGGACCCGGUCAAAGAGCCCAUCAAAGCAGGCCAGGAGCUCUACUAUGGUGGCGAGUUCGGCAGACCGCCUCCACGACCACUUGGGGCCCCUCAAAGCGCAUUCCAGCCCUCUUACAACCUCGUCGACAAGCUCGCAAGCCGGAGAUGUGCACUGAGCCGGAUAGAAAAGGACGAACUAUUUGACUAUGUUCCCAACUCAAACGGGACUGAGGUGGCCAAGUAUCCUGCUCGAAGCUACUGCGGCCAAUACUCGGAGGACUCUUCGUUCUUUUACACUUGUACCCAGGAUUUCAAGGUCCAUCUCUACGACACCACAGCAAGCCCCUCGAGGGUGGUGAGGAGACAUGCAGACGCCGACUCGAGGCGGACUCGGUAUCAUGUCUCGAUGGCCACGGACCACUUUACCUCCCUCAAGCCAAUCAAGACGAUUCAGGGUCGUCAUGGCACCUGGACUGUAACAGAUGCCAACUUGUCACCCGACAACAAGUGGAUGAUUUACUCGUCCAUCAAUCCUUACGUCCACCUGGUUUCCACCACACAAGACAUCGAGUCGGGAGGCCGAAGCCACAACGAGCAGCAAGUCAUGCUCGACUUCAGCAACCGCGAAGACGAUGAGGCAGGGAUUUGGUCCAUCCGAUUCUCGGGUGACUCGCGCGAGAUUGUAGCAGGCGCUCACUUUGGUGAGAUUUAUGUCUUUGACAUCGAAGCGCGCAAGAGAGUCUUGAAGGUCGAGGGCCAUGCCGACGACGUGAACGGCGUCGCCUUUGCCGAUUCAGCGAGCAGCAAUGUCUUGAUCAGCGGCAGUGACGAUUCCUUCGUCAAGGUCUGGGACCGACGGUCUCUCUCUGGAGGAAAGCCAGCAGGAGUUCUGCCCGGCCACACCGAGGGCAUCACGUUUGUCGCGCCGAAGGGCGAUGGACGGUACUGCAUAUCCAACGGCAAGGACCAGAGCACCAAGCUGUGGGACUUGCGCAUGAUGGUCAGCAGCCAAGACUUCGACCGCAUGCCAAAGGUGCACUACGGCCUCCGUCAGUGGGACUAUCGCAGCAUGCCCUACAAGAAGCCACGUUACCAGGCACAUCCCGAGGAUCGCUCCGUCAUGACGUACCGAGGCCACGCCGUUCUGCGCACCCUUAUUCGAUGUCACUUCAGCCCCAUUGCUACGACGGGCCAAAGGUACAUCUACUCGGGCAGCGCAGACGGUCGCAUCCACAUCUGGUCCUUGGACGGCCAGGUCGUCCAGGUCCUCGAUCGGUCAAAGGCGGUGCCACUAAAGCAGCUCAACGGCGAGGCGUCGGACCCCUCGGCGCCGAUUCCAUCGCAGAGAGAGACAUUGUCUGCAAGGCAGCGUCAGGAAGAGGAAUCGAGAAUGGCGGCAGAUAGGUAUCGGCGACCAUACAUGUACUCUGGUGGCGGCGCCCAGAGCACCACGGUCCGAGACGUCAGCUGGCACAGCUCCGAACCGGCCCUCAUGUCAACGGCCUGGGACGGGCCUGCUGGAGAGGAGGGUAGCGUGGCCAAGCACGAAUGGAAGGGCUUCGGAAAGAAUGGUCUCAACCUUGAGGACGCCAUCGAGAGGUGCAGACAAGAGUCGGCACGCUGAAUAUUUUGUAUCUUCUCCUUCACACAUACUCCUGUUCCCACCACCCAUAAUUGUAAUUGUCUCAUUAUUUUGCUUUGUGAUGCUGCAGUUAAGUUAACGAGGACCUUUACGAAGGAGGAGCGCUAGCAUCACGCUCGUUGCGCCAGAGAGGGAGAACCAGGUGGCGGCAUAGACGGCAUGCUGGUUACGCAGCUCGACGGUCGCCGGCCUUCCAAUAGGUUGUCCCUUUUCCAGCAACUGCGACGCUUC